AUGAGGGGAAUACUGGUGGCACUACUGAUUUUACAGUUGGUACUUCUCAGCGAAGGCUGGUGGCGUCCGAGAAGGCCACAGAGGUGUCCACGAAAUCCGAAGCUCGAAUCAUGGAAGAAAGCUGUGAAACAGAGUCUGGCAACUAAAGGCGUUCGGGGAAAGAGACAGUUAGCAAGUGCG